AAGCUCAAGCUCAAUUCAGCUCAAAUUCGAGCAACCCAAGCCUUGCUACUUUGCCUAAACCUUGUUCUCAACCCCCUGAAGCCUCAACCACCACCCUUAGCCACCAACAACCGCCACAAAGACGGUGGUGAACGGCCAAAAUAGUAGCUCACGGCCAAACUUUGGAAAUUGCUUUCUAGACCGAUUCAUCCCUCCAUUUUUGUUCCAUUAGCUUCCUUGAGUCCAUUAGAGUGUGAACCAACCCAGAACCGAGCUCAAUUGUCCCUGCAAUAGCCCAACCGAGCUCAUAAAGCUCUGAAACUUUGAGCUCUUCGUUCUCACUCAUUUCUCCAUCAAUUUUGUCGAUUCAAGUGUCUAUCCUGCUUAGACUUUCAUAAGGAAGCUAUCUAUGCAAGAAUUGUGAAGCUUGGAGGUCUAUUUUUCAUUCUGCCAUUGUUGACCGGAGAAAGCUUCAAAGAGCUUGUCGUUUUGGCCAAUUUAGAGACCUUCUGAGCUACCCACUUGUACCAUUGAGUUCCUGGGAGUGAGAGGAUCCUUUUCCAACCAUUGUCCACCCUCAACUCUAACUUUUCACCGGAGCUCCGCCACCAACCACCACCUUCUCCGGCGAGUUCACCGGAAAACUACUCAGAACUUGGAUUUUCUUGCAUAGUUCAAAUCCUUGUCUUCCAUAGGUUCCAUAUACAUAUUCGGUUCGGAAAAUUAACUUGGUUUGAUAGGGUUUCAAGAGACGAGAAGAUAAUCGAUCGAAGGAUUUUUCGAAGAAAGGGACGGAGUUCGAGGAGAAAGAUCUCGAGUGAAAAGUGGUCAAGGCAGGGCGAGCUGUAAAUAGUUGUAAAUAUACGGGAGUGUUCGAGUAGAAUAAAGACCAGCUGAUGGAGGAAAACGUGUACGACUGGACUCGCGCUCUAUCAGACUGUAAAAUAAGUGUGAAAGCUGUGGUUUUGGUUGUAAACAAGGCAGUCAAAGUAGUCGGGGAAGAUUCAGAGGAGUUCAUGCGAGACUUUGGGACGUCUUGUCUAAGGAAAGGAAUUGCUUUUAAUGACGCUUAGCGCGGCUAACUUUCCUGGAGACGUUCUCAGACUAUCAAUUGGACAUCGAUGAAUUCUGACCCAAAGGUCUUGUACUUCUUCAAAGUUCAUCAAUAAAAGUGUUUUUCUCUGAAGAUAUUCUUAUUUUAUAGUUAGGUAGGGUGUGAGUUUGGUCGUCACAUUCACCAAUAUAAUAUAUAGAGGGGGAGAGGAGAGAGUCACUCCGGUUGGGUGCAACAGCCACGGUGGCUCCGGCCUAGGCAAUGGCAGCCGCGGAGGGGGGCUGGGCAAAGGCCAUCUUUGGGAUCGUUUCCUCAAUGGCAGCGACUGGAGCAGAAAUCCGUUAAUCACCGUCGCAACACAGGUGCCUGGAGGAAUACGCACCCAACGUCCCACCGCUCACCCAGAUCACCACGAUGGAGGCGGCAGUCUUCAUACUCAAAUCGUGAGUGGAGGUCAAGGUCAGGGUGGGAUCGAAAGCAACAGAGGAGAUCACAGGAUAUCCCAAAGGCUCGCCAGGGGGCAUCACGCGAUCGUCAGAACUGGAAAACCCAGAAAAUGUUGUUUUCAGUUUAUGUUGAUGGACUGAGUGAUAGAAUUACCAUGUUAAAACUGAAAUCAAUUUUUGAACAGGCAGGGAGAGUGAAAGAUGUUUUUGUUCAAUUCAAGAAGAAAUUCCAGCGAUGUUUUCGUUAUGGUUUUGUCCGAUUUCAGAAUGAUGAGGAGGCGUGGCAGGCAAUUCAAAUGUUCAAUGGAUUGCGGUUGGAGGGCAAUUACCUUGUUGUUAAACAUGCUCACAUCAAACAACCCAAUACAAGGGUGAAGAGGGGAAGUCCAGCGAAGAACUUUGCUCCAAAGCAGGAUCGUGGACAAAUUUGGCGACCAAAGGCUCAACUGAUUCCUACUGUCCCGGAACAAAUUGUGAACAGACCAAAGAAAAAAUCUUCUGUGCAGAAAAGUGAGAAUGAAAGACAGCCAGGUGUUGGACACUUGAGUUUUUCAGGUUCUAAUUUGAAUCAUACGUGGUAUCAACGAUGUGCUCGAGCACGCACUCUCGAAGCCAAGCCAAUUGAUGUUCUACAGGAUGAGCUUGCUCGGAUUGGUAUGUACAAUUUUCGAUUCAUUCCUCUUGGGGCAGAUGAGGUUCUGCUGGAAUUUGAAAGCAAAGAAGAGCUUGAUGAUACCUUAGCCGAAUGCAGGGUUUUCCUGGAGCAGAAGCUAUCAGAGUUGAAACCGUGCACGUCGCUUACCUUUGGAGUCGCUCAUUUGGUGUGGAUUCGGCUAUGGCAGGUACCAAUGGGAUUAUGGUCAGACUCUUUUUUCACAAUUGUUGGGAAUAGAUUAGGAACAUUUGUGAAACAAGAUGUUGCAACAAAUCAACACUAUCGGGCUGAUUUUGCUCGCAUACUUGUUCGUAUGCAUCAUCCGCUUCUCCAGUGCUAUACUAUGUCAGUAGAUAUGGAGGGUACGUCCUGCGUGAUUCUGGUUGAAAAAGAGGACAAAGCUUACGAUUAUGGAACGAUGGAAUCAAUGCCUUCAACGCCGGUGAAGAUAUAUAACUCUGAUGAUGCAACAGAUUUCGGAGACGAUUCGGAGAACAAUGAUGAUAUCAUCGCUGGGGACGAAGGUAUUUUUGACAAUCUUAAUGAUGAUGCUGUCGACAUAGAAUCAGGGGAAGAGGAUGAAGUUUUCCGGAAUGAAAUCAUGGAAGGCUUACAAAGCAUGCAGGGGGUGAUAGACCACAAGUCUGCUUCAGAUUCACAGAACGUUCCAGGGUGGAGUUUUUUGGAUACAAACCGUGAAACACAACCAGGGGAAGCGGCGCACGUUUUGCCGGAGGUGGUGGUUGCCCAUGAUCGGCUGGAACAAACUCAGAUGGGAGAUCACCAAAAAAAUUCAAAUUCAAACGCCAUCAAUGGAACCAUCAAUUCAGAAGAGGAAUUUAGGGAACAGUUACAAGUUCUUGAAGAUUCAGGUUAUACGGUGGAGGAAAUUGAGGCUUGGAAGAGGAAUAAAAAAACUGAUGAUAUAAAGAUAAAUCAAAAACAAAUCUUCCCUUUUCUUUUAAAAUAUCCUGAUUUAUUUUCAAAUAAUCAGUUUUCUGUUACAGGAUACUCUUUCAAUACACAGGAUAUGCCUCAAAAAUAUAGCUGGGACCCACUUCAAGUUCAAUCCUUGCUUAAGCCGUGUUUGCCACAGGUUAUUCAGAAAAAUAAUGAUUUUUUGUGGUUUGCAGCUUACCUGGCUAAGUAUUCCUCACCUGCUUUUCACGUUAAUGCACAAGCCUCUCAAGAAACUUACGUACGGGUUUCUCCUCAUCAAAUUGUGAGACAAAACAAGCCUGCCAUAGUUUCCCUACCUCAACCAUGUUUACAACAAGAGCAACAGACGCCUCUGAACAGCUUUCAUAUUGAGUCUUCUGAUCUUUCAACUCCAACACCAUAUAAUUCCCCAAACACAAACUCAUCCAAGAAAAGCUCUCAGCGGGGGCGGCCGAAAGGCAGCAAAAACAAGCCAAUUGAAUUUCCGGAAGACUUCUUAGAGCCAGUAACAGGAGAAGAUGGAGUGACUACUCGCGCGCAACGUGCUUGGUUGCUUGGACAACAACUUGGGUUAAAACCCCGUGGUUCGGAAGCACUGAUGUUGAGAAGUUUGGAAGCUCAAAUCCGUGCAAACCAUCCUCACCUCAAUUGAUAUGUCGGGACCUUGGCUCACAUGGAAUGUACGUGGGCUAGGAGGAACAACGAAGAGAGAGAUUGUGAAAAAAUCAAUUCAACAGCUGAACCCAGAAUUACUUUUACUUCAGGAAACAAAAUUAAAUGAACAAAAACAGCGAACUAUAGCAUCAUGGGCGGAAGGCAUGCAGAUGCGUCAUGUGGAGGUUCAUUCACUUGGUUCUGCAGGGGGACUCUUGUGCUUGUGGAAGGAGGCCAAAUUUCAAGUACUGUCUGUGGUGACAGACAAUAAUUUUAUUUUACUGACAGUAAAGGUUCCGAACUACGAACAUACAGUGUUGGUGGGGAAUGUUUAUGGGCCUCAUACUUUGGAAGAGCGUAGACAAUUUUUCGAGGCACUAAAGAACCACGUCUUGGGUCAUGUUGGCAUGGUUCUCAUUGGCGGUGAUUUUAAUGCAGUGUUGUUGGCUGCAGAACGGUCCUCAAGCGGAGCUUUAGAUGCGGGAGAUGCUACUUUUGAACAGUUUGUGCAGGAUAGUAACUGAACAGAUUUACCUCUGCUGAAUGGAGAGUAUACUUGGUUCUCAAGUCGAAAUGAUGGCUUAUGGAGUCGCUUGGAUAGAUGGCUGGUCUCUGAUGAGGAUAAUGGAUGGCUUAUGUUUUGCUUGAUGGGGCUUGGAAAAUACCAAUAUGACUUGCUGAUUCAUUGGUUGAAUUUUCCUGCACUUGUUGCUGCUGAAAACAUCAUGGCUGUGUUUGUUGUUGCUGUCACGCUGUUGUUGCUGCUGUCAUUCAUUGUGCUGUGAAUUGAUGCUGGUUGCUGUUGCUGGUUUUUUGCUGAAGCUGUUACUGUUGGAAUAAUCAGGAUGCUGUUUGCUGUUCGUGGUUUUUGCUGUUGCUGUUAAUUCACUUCUGUUGCUGUCGUGAAAUCUGUUUCUGUUGCUGUUGUUAUUUGGCUGAAAAAUCUGAUGCUGUUGUUGCUGUUGUGUUGUUGUUGCUGUUGCUGGAUUUUGCUGUUAUUGUUGGACCGACAAAAUCUGAUGCUGUUGCUGCUAUCACGCGGUUGCUGCUGGUGCGCUGUUGCUGCUGUCGCUAAUUGUGCUGUUAAUUGAUGCUGGUUGCUGUUGGCUGAUGUCUGUUGCUCGAAAAUUGAUGUUUGAGCUGAAAUAAUUUUAGACUUCUAUUCUUUGUUUUAGGAGCAGAUUUGGCUAUCUCAAGAUUGUGGUACUCUUUUUCCUUGCUUGGUUUUUAUCCCAAUGGGUUUUUCUAAGUAAGGUUUUAAUGAGGCUCUUUCUUGGGAUAUUUCUUCAUGCCAUUCUGCGGGUUGGUGGUGGGUUCUUUUAGCCUUGGGUUACCUCUGGUUGUAUUUGCUACUUGCCUUGAGUUUGUUUUUGCUCAGGUUUAUUUUUAAUAAUAU